AUGCCUUACAAUCAUUCUUCACCGACCACAAGCGGGCACAAUGCUACAGCAAGCGCUGCCGCAGCGGCUGCCCGCAAGGCUCAAAUGGCGGCAAUGAUGCACCAGAGACUCAUGAGUGAGCAUGCGGCCAAGUACUAUGCCGCUGGAGUGGUUGGCAUGAUUGCGAUCUUUGCAAUCUUCCACUGGGCUCGAUAUUUGUAUAGUCUCUAUACUCCAAAGGAUAUCAAGAAGUCAAAUGUUGUAAGGGGACAAAUAUCAAUUGUCAGAAUGAUCCGCCACAUUCUCACGCAUCGAGUUCCCGGCUUCACAUCAAUAGGCCAUGCAGUCCUUGUGUUGGCUUUCCUGGCUAUCAAUGUCGUUUUGACAGUUACAAACAUGACUUGGUCAUCUCUGAUGCCCAUUUCAAAACGAUUGGGAUGGAUGACACUCAUCAACACCGCCUUCAUUGUCUUCUUGGCACUAAAGAACACUCCGUUGGCCUUUCUUACGGCAUACUCUUACGAAAGGCUGAACUUGCUGCACCAAGUUGGCGGCUAUACAACAAUCAUCUUUGCCAUGCUUCACAUGAUUACAGUAGUCCUGGGUGUUGAGAAGAUGCACAGGCCCGCAAUGUUGCUCGAAAUUACACAAAUCAACGGUAUCACGGCACUUUCAGCUCUAUUCGUUCUGCUUAUCUUCGCUCUCCUGAUCCGAAGAGUUCGCUAUGAGGUGUUCUACAUCUCCCAUAUUUUGAUGUUCAUGCUCUUCAUUAUCAACGUGGCUCUCCAUCAACCAAAGGUCAAGAACAAAGCUGUCUAUAUCACCAUCGUAGCUGGAGCAAUGUGGAGCUCGGAUCGAAUUCUCAGAGGUCUUCGAAUCUUGUGGUAUGCGUACGAUAAUGGGGCAAUAGUCACCCCUCUCCCUCAUGGUGGGACACGAGUCGUACUGAAAAGAUCACCAUCGCGGUCUGUACCAGGCACUCACUGCUUCCUCUGGGUCCCAAGAAUCCGAGCUGUUGAGACACAUCCUUUUACCAUUGUUAGCAAGACUCCAUACAGUCUUGAAUUGGUAAUCUCCGCGUACGACGGCUUCACGAACGACCUUCUCAAUUAUGCUGUCCAGCAUCCCGGUUCUACCCUUAGAGCCUCGUUUGAUGGCCCUUAUGGCUCCCUCCCCGAUUUCUCCAAAGUUGCAGACAAAAUCAUUCUCAUUGCUGGCGGCAGCGGCGCCUCCUUUACCUUCGGCGUCGCUUUAGACACAAUCCGAAAACUCAAUCGCAACUCUGGGACAACCAUUGAAUUCAUCUGGACCGUCCGAGAACAAGAAACAAUCUCCUGGUUCGCCAAAGAACUCGCGGAACUCCAAACCUCCCACCGCGUAAACAUCAUCCUGCACGCCACCCGCCCAGGCUCCAUCCACGAAACACCCUCCCCAAUCUCGCACGUCGAUGAAGAAAAAGCGCUCGUCUUCGAUCACCCCUCCUCGCCCGUACUCUCGCAACAAUCCGAGGACCAAGACAAAGACGAUCUGCACCACACCAAGACAUCUCAUCGCCAGAUUGAGCUAGCAUGGAGCUCUACCUCUUCGGUGAACGUUCUACCAGGCCGACCUGACGUGGAUGGGAUCAUUCGACGAGUGGUUUCUGAGACGCCUGAUGAGCAGAGGGUUAUUAUUGCUGCGUGUGGGCCGGAUGGGUUGAUGUUUAGUGUUCGGAAGACCGCCGCGAGUUGUAUUAAGGUGCGGGGACCGAGUGUGGAGUUGCAUUGCGAGCAGUUUGGUUGGUGA